ACUAUAUUAAUGAUAUGCAAAUUAGCAUGAGAUAACAGGUGCUGCACUCGAUAAGCAAGUCUGUUUCGGGUCGAUUCAGUCGCUGUACGGCCGGGUUGCGCCUGCUUUGGGAGAGGCAGGGUGUGUGAAACAUGGGUUGUGCACCGCAGAGUUUUUCACAUUAUCUUGCGGGAAGGAAGGCUGCCCUGUUGCCGGUUGUCGUCGUCUGCGCUGUCAUUGUCUAUGGUCUGAUGAACACGGCUCUGUUGAACGACUCUGCGCUGGAAGUUAGGAAAACACCUUUCCAAUACAACGGAAAACAGCACAUUCACGCCCCUGGCCCUUGGGUUCCGCAGAGGAAGUGGGUGAAGUUUCCUGAUCACAAAUGGUAUGGUCAUCAGCUGCCCGUGCUGACGGCCCUGCCUCUCGGACGCACGGGCAACAUCAUGGGGGAAUACGCGACUCUGUGGGCCCUGAAACACAUCUACAACGUCAGCGUGGUCGUGAUGCCGAAGAUGAAGACGAAACUGUCGUGCUUCCCCUCGCUCUCGCUCCCCGACUGCCCCGGCGGCUGCAACACGACGGGCUGGAGGCAACUGGGAAGAACUGGAGGAAUAAGCAAUUACAAUUUCACGAAAAUUGAAUUUGCCGCCGCAGGUCUUUUCGGUCCCCACACCUUCGUCCUCAGAAAUUGUCUAUUCGAAAUUCAUCUGUUCAAUUUCUUCAAGGAAGACCUGAGACGAGAAUUUACAUUCGCACAAGAAAUACAACGAAAGGGAUGCUUAUUAGCACAUGCAAACAAGGCCACAAGGCUGAUCCUAGAGUACAGUGCCAUUAAAACAUAA